GAACGACGAAUUGGUGCAGACGGUUUUUGUUUUCGCUGCGAAUCUGGUUUUUGUGCAGGUUUAAUUAAACUAAUAAUAUCAAAGAGGUUGAUUAACAUAAGUAACUCUUUAAAACGCGAUAUUUCGCUACGUGGAAACGCGCGUUUGUCAUGAAUUGUGUGGGGCUGAUCCUACUCUUGCAGUCGUAUUCAAGCUGAUAUGCAAGUGCACUCCGAUCUUAAAAUGACAGGCAAGUUGCACUUGCAAUCAGGUAGGGCGUGUUUUUCCUGUGUGCGGCGCAGACGAUAGCUUAAGACUGAAUACCUAAUAAAAAUUUACACAGUAAAUCGUAAAAUAAACAUAAAAAUCAAUAGUAAUCUAAAUAUACAAAUUUGAAAAAAAGAGUGUUAAAAAGGAAAUAAAUACUUGCGUCGAUAAGAGGGGAGUCGCGUAAAGUAGAGAAUAAAAAAUAAUUGCAACUUCCCUUUUGUAGCUGUUUUUGUGUCUACUACAAAAUUGCGAAGCAACGUAGAAAAAGCAAAAUGCAGAGCGUAGAGUAGUGUAAAGUGAGUGUGAAAUCAAAAUGUGUAUGAAAUCCCUAUUUUAAAUGGUAAUUUGUGUAUUACCUAAAUUAUAUGAUAAAAGUGGAUACACUAAGUAAAGUUUAGCCGAACGACGGAAAUAAAAUACGUGCAGAGGAAAUAAUUAAAAUUAUUGUGCCGCACUUCCGUCCGCGGUCUGUGCCCUCUCCACUUGACUCGCGACACUUCGGGUUCGAAAGUUGUUUUUUAUUUAGUCUGACACGCCCACAAAAUUGGGGAAAAGCUUCAGCUUCGGCUCACCCAUUCACCUUCACGAAAACCUUGAGAGUUUGGCUUCUUCACAUCGAACUCGAGUUUCAAGCGCACAUACCUCUUUUCUCUCGGUAGUAACUAAGCUGGCAUUAUGGGCGCUCAGCAGGGAAAGGAGCGCGGUUCACAUUCAAGUGGCGGUGGCCAUGGCGGUACAGCAAGUUGUAUUGGUGUCCCAAGCAGUGGCAGCCCAGUCGGCUUGUCGUCGUCUCAUGGCAUUAGUGUUGGCAGUGUAAAUGCAUUAGCUGCUGGUUCCACUUUGCGUAGUUCACGCAUCAAAUCAUCCGUAACACCAGCAGCUGUGGGUGGCAGUUCACAUCGUUCGACCGCCACUUCGGUUAGUAGUGUUGGACAUACAUCGAAGGACAAUCACAGUCGCUGCAACACUAUCGGAAUGAACAUUUUCACAGAACAUAAUGGAAUCGCACCACCACUGUAACCCUGAGGGCCUCUCGUGAAAUUUUGUUAUGUUGUUGGCUUUCAAUGUAUAUUAUAAAUGAUGUUAUAAUAAAUCAUUAGUUGCUAUAG